AUGACUGGUAGGGCACGUGCAAGAUCAAGAGGCCGAGCACGAGGUCAAGAGACUACAGCACCUGGAGCUGUAAGACCUGCACCAGCAGCCAUUCCUCCUGCAGAGGGGGAGCUGGUUGGUAGAGGGAGGCAGAAAGGUGCUCCAGGGCCAUUUUCUGCAGAAGCUGUUCUACAGAUUUCAGCUGGAUUUCAGCAGGUGAAGCUCGGCGAAAGAGGUGGACGCCGCCGGGAUUUUCACGAUGCAGGGGUUAACACCCGGCAGGCUAUGGAGCAUGUCAAGGAAUCAAAGUGUGGUGCAAGUGGGAAUCCCGUUCCGUUGACAGCCAACUUCUUUCGCAUCAUGUCCCGCCCUCAGUGGGUUCUAUAUCAGUACCACGUGGACUUCAAACCAGCAAUGGAGUCUCGUCGUCUGAGAUCUGCCCUUCUCUUCCAGCAUGAGGAAGUUCUUGGCUCAGCACGGAGCUUUGAUGGAGCUCUGCUCUUUCUGCCCCUAAGAUUGCACGGCAAGGAGACUGUGCUCCACAGCGAAACGAGGAAUGGGGAGAAGGUUCAGAUAACUGUUACACUGACAAAUGAACUGCCACCCACUUCACCAGUGUGUAUUCAGUUUUACAACAUCAUAUUCAGAAGGAUCUUGAGAAUUCUCAAUAUGCAGCAGAUUGGACGCAACUACUACAAUCCCAGUGAUCCACUCAACAUCCCUCAGCACAGGCUGACCAUCUGGCCAGGCUACACCACCACCAUCUUGCAGUAUGAGUCGGCGAUCAUGCUGUGUACUGACGUGAGCCACAGAGUGCUGCGUAGUGAGACGGUCCUAGACUUUAUGGCGAACCUGAGGCAGCAGUGUGGACCUCAACGCUUCCCUGAGAUCUGCACUAAGGAGCUUGUUGGACUAAUAGUCCUCACCAAGUACAACAACAAAACCUACAGGAUUGAUGACAUUGCAUGGGAUCACACUCCCAACAACACAUUCAAGAGGGGAGACACAGAUAUUUCCUUCAAGAACUACUACAAGACUCAAUAUGGCCUGGACAUCACUGAUGGGAACCAGGUGCUGCUGGUCAGCCACGUGAAGAGGCAGGGUCCAGCUGGAGCUGCUCCUCCUGGCCCGGCCAUGCUCAUCCCAGAGCUGUGCUUCCUCACAGGACUGACGGAUAAGAUGCGAUCUGACUAUAAUAUCAUGAAAGACUUGAGCGGCCACACUAGACUGUCCCCAGAGCAGAGAGAGGGACGUCUCAACAGAUUUGUCACCAAUAUACAGAAGAAUGCUGACGCACAGGCAGAGUUGGAUAAGUGGGGACUCAACUUUGAUAAGCAACUCCUAAAUCUGACUGGCAGAAUGCUCCCAGCGGAGAGGAUUUUCCAGGGAUCAAGAUCGUAUGGUUACAACCCCACGGCAGCUGACUGGUCCAGAGAGAUGCGCGGGGUGCCUCUGAUCCACUCUCCUCCGCUGAACAACUGGCUCAUCUUUUACACACGUCGUAACACCAACGAAGCUCAGUCCCUCCUGCAGACCCUCAACAAAGUCUCAAACCCACUCGGUAUCCGCCUGCAGAGAGCAGUCAUGAUUGAGUACGAGGAUCAUCAGGAGUCUCUCCUCAGAGCUCUGCAGCACAAUGUUGGACCCCAAAUACAGAUGGUGGUGGUGGUCCUCCCCAGCAACAGGAAGGACAAGUACGACAGCGUCAAGAAGUACCUUUGUGUGGACUGCCCCACUCCCAGCCAGUGUGUUUUAUCCCGUACCCUCAGCCGACCUCAGGCGCUCAUGACUGUGGCUACCAAGAUUGCGCUACAGAUGGCUUGCAAGAUGGGAGGAGAGCUCUGGAGCGUGGAAAUCCCUCUCAAACAGCUGAUGAUUGUGGGCAUUGACUGCUACCAUGACACUAUAGCUGGGAAAAGGUCCAUUGGAGCUCUAGUUGCCAGCCUCAACCAGGGCAUGAGCAGGUGGUUUUCAAAGUGUGUGUUGCAGCACAAAGGUCAGGAAAUCAUGGAUGGACUGAAGAUGGCCUUAAGUGGUGCACUAAAAGACUAUCUGAAGUUUAACAACUGCCUACCUUCACGCAUCAUUGUGUACCGAGAUGGAGUGGGAGAUGGCCAGCUGCACAGCGUGGUUAACUAUGAGGUUUCACAGAUCAUGGACUCCAUCAAGUCCAUGGGGCAUGACUACUCGCCCAAGCUGAGUGUGGUGGUGGUGAAGAAGCGCAUCAGCUGCAGGUUCUUCGCCCACAUCAAUGGCAAAGUGACCAACCCUCUCCCAGGCACCAUCGUUGACUCAGAUGUCACCCGUCCUGAGUGGUAUGACUUCUACAUCGUGAGCCAGGCUGUCAGGACCGGAAGCGUCUCCCCAACCCACUACAACGUUGUGUACGACACCAGCGGUCUGAAGCCCGAUCAUAUGCAGCGGCUUACGUACAAGCUGUGCCACAUGUACUACAACUGGCAGGGGAUCAUCAGAGUGCCCGCUCCCUGCCAGUACGCCCACAAGUUGGCUUUCCUUGUGGGUCAGAGCAUCCACAGGGAGCCCAAUGUGCAACUGGACGACCUCCUCUUCUACCUGUAA